GGCAGUGGGACAGCUCCGCACGCACCCUGUGGAUUAUGAUCCCCAGUCGCACCAACGUGGCUGCUGGGAUCCCCAGUAGCAAAGUAAAAUACUCAAAGCUCUCUGGCACUGGCAUUGGACACAUUGACCGUCAGAAGGAAACUUCACCUACUGAAGGUAGCUUUAAAUCAAAUAGAAGUCCAGUGAAAUCUUGCUUAUUAAAGUUUAAGAAAAACUCCACUAGGAUUCCUUACAAGGCCGUUGCCUGUGCUGCUGCGCAGUUUUUGAGGGGCGCUUUUCUCCCUGCCGUGGGCUGCCUCCUGCUGGCGGGCUACAUCAGCAAAGUGGGCGCCAACCGGGCUGUUGCCACUCCGAUUGUUGGCAUCCUGGUGUCCCUGCCUGGGUUUUACCACCUGCUCACCGCCUGCAGAGCACACCGACGCUGCCAGGCUGCUCCUACAGUGACCUUCCGGACGGUGAUGACUAGUCCCCACCGCAGCCGGGAGAAGAAGAGUCACAGAAUGGGCUGAGCGAAGCUUUAAGGCAUUUGGCAGAGGCUGUGGAAAUCUAUGCCUAAGGACGAAGGAAUUAUUCAGCUUUGUAGAUACUUAGCAAAACUAUGGCCAGAUUUUAUAAAUUCGUGCCCAGAAUGUUAAUUGAGCUUACAAUUAGCCAGAUAGGAAGCUAGGAAAUGCCCCAUUUUUAUUUUCCUGGCCCUGGGCUAAAACUCCUGACAAAAAUUCCCACGCAGAUAUGCAUAGUGGAAGAACAGCACUGUUAAUUGAAGGGGGAAGUGAAAAUUAUUUUGUAGGACAAAAUGUUGCCACCACCACCCUGUUUAGAGCUGAACAUUUCUGUUAAGCAGUUCUCAUUGAUAAUUUUAUCUGGUGGCAAAUGGAAAAAUGCAGUAUGUCUGAUUUCAUAUUACUAAGUAAUUUGGAAAAUUUCUGAGUAUCUUAUCCCUCAUGCUUAUCUCCAACUUUGCAGCCUAUGGAUACCUUGGUAAAAUAAAGUAUCAAC